GAAGAAAGUCAUCUCGACGCUGCUGAUGUCUCCCUCAUAGGUGAAGGUUCCGACCUUGUCAGCAGCAUUGAUUACGGUUACCAGUCGAAAGCACUCAGACUUUAUGUGCUGCAUGAACUCGCUUUUGCGUUCGUGCAUAGCCAUCCAGAGGGUACAAAACCAACAAUUUAUGAUUUGUUCCCACCCGGUGAGAGCUUUGCUACCUAUCCGGAGCGGUCUGUGGACGAACUCACUGUUUAUGUGGAUGAAGAAUCUCCUCUACGCUUUCUUCCACCUAUGCCACCUUUUACUGACAUCCCAAGAGGAUGGUUCAUGCUUCACGAUUUCUUCGUAGCAAUGCCUCUGUCAGUAUUUGUUUCAAUAGCCUACGUGAAUCGGAAUGUCGAUCAGAAAGAGAAAAGAAAAUCAUUUCAGAGGAAACUGCUCCUAAGCUACCUAUGCGACCCUAUCAAGCGGCACAUACCGAUCGGUUGCCUUCCACAUGACCUUCGCUUGGCAAUUUUGAAAGACAAAAAGGUUGCCCGGCAGAUCGAACACAUUCUGCUUACUCUGGCAGCAAUGGGACUGGUGGCCGUUGCAGCUAAUCCUGAUCCAAAAUGCUUUCCGUUCGCACGUGCGACGGUGUUCUAUGUUAGUAAGAGGUAA